AUGUCUAAAAGCCGUCAACCUUUCAACCGUGACCGUGAUAGUAGCUCAGAGGGCGAGCCUGUGAGGUCGACGUCACCGGCCGUAACCUCAAUCGAUGGCUUGAACCUUGGGCUGGAAGCCAAGGAAGGGAACGGCUGGCUCCGCAACAAAUUCGCUCCGGCGAUGUGUUAUGGUAUCGCUACCGCGGGUCUCAUUGCUGUUGGUCUUCCGGUGCUGAUUUCGACGCCGGCUAUUGGUGUGGCAGGAAUCGCGGCACAUUCUGUAACUGCAAAAUGGGCUUGA